CCGCCACCAUUACGAAACCAUUGUAUCGUCAUCAGCGUAGUGCCACGGUUGUGCUCUCGUAAAACCGGAACCCAGCGAGGCUCGCAGAAGCAAAAACCAGCAGCUCCUGUUCUAUUGUAGUGUUGUAGUUCCAGAUAUAUAGCCCAUCAACACACCGUUACACUCGUGUACGCAUACAUUCAUCAUCAGUCGUCACCCGGCCGUACGGUAUAUAGUGCAAAAAGGAAGAAGAAAGUUUUUGUUCCGUUCGUUUCGGUGAAAGAGCAAAAGAGAAAGACGAGACCGAAAUUGAUUUUUUUUCUGCCUGGAAAUUUCUUACUGACUGCUGCCGCUGCCACUACAAGAGGUGUACAUUCAUCAAAAGUUAAUUGAUAUUCGCAGUUUCGCACAAGUUUUCUACGGGGUGAUUGUUUGUCAGUUUUGAAGAAGCUGGUGUGUGAACUUGUUUGUUUUUGUGACAUUUUUGGAGUGGAGUAAAAAUAAAACAUCGCGAAAUACAAGUGACGCUUGACGUUGCAGUGACCGCGAAGGAAAGUUGCCAAAUUUGGAAGUGCAUAGAUUAGAGCGUGUGCAACGGUGAAUCUGCACGCGACGAAGAAUUUUUUUGUGUGAAAACCAGUCAAAAGAACAGCCUCAAAAUUACGACUUCAAUCAUGACCAACAAAGUGCUAGCAGCCGUACAAGAUCUACAAAAACAAAAUGGCGAAUCGCAGAAUACUGCUGCAGCGGCGUCCGGGUCGGAAACGGCUCGGACGAAUCUGAUUGUCAACUAUCUGCCCCAGACAAUGACGGAGGAAGAGAUCCGGUCGCUGUUUUCGAGCGUCGGCGAGGUCGAAAGCGUCAAACUAGUGCGUGACAAGAAUGUUAUCUACCCAGGGCAACCGAAGGGGCAAAGCUUAGGGUAUGGCUUUGUUAACUUCCACCGAUCUCAAGAUGCGGAACAGGCCGUGAAUGUGUUGAAUGGAUUACGCUUGCAAAACAAAGUGCUGAAAGUGUCGUUUGCCAGACCAAGUUCAGAAGGAAUCAAGGGAGCUAAUCUUUACAUUUCCGGUCUGCCAAAAACCAUCACACAAGAGGAAUUGGAAAUUAUUUUCAGACCGUACGGUGAAAUAAUUACCAGUCGUGUGUUGGUUCAGGAAGGCAACGACAAACCAAAAGGAGUAGGAUUUAUUCGUUUUGAUCAACGUAAAGAAGCUGAACGUGCUAUUGCAGCUUUAAAUGGAACCACACCGAAAGGUUUGACAGAUCCAAUCACGGUCAAGUUCUCGAAUACCCCUGGACAAAAUACGGCCGCCAAAAUAGUGCAACCUGCUUUGCCAACCUUCCUGAAUCCACAACUGACCCGCCGAUUGGGAGCCAUUCACCAUCCAAUUAACAAAGGAUUGGCUCGCUUUUCACCGAUGGGAGGAGAGGUGCUGGACAUGAUGCUGCCGACUGCGCCCACUACGGGAAUCGGCGCAAUCGCACCGUCUGGUGGUUGGAGCAUCUUCAUCUACAACCUGGCGCCAGAAACCGAGGAAAACACCCUGUGGCAACUGUUUGGCCCAUUCGGCGCCGUGCAGAACGUGAAAGUCAUCAAAGAUUCGGCAACGAACCAGUGCAAGGGAUACGGCUUCGUCACGAUGACCAACUACGAGGAAGCAAUGCUGGCGAUUCGAUCUCUCAACGGAUACACCCUCGGCCAGCGGGUGUUACAAGUCAGCUUUAAAACCAACAAAGCAAACGCCGAAAUGGCCGAUCAUUAAAAAGAAAGAAACCCAUUGUAGUUGAGAAGGGGGCAAAGUAUAUAUCAAACGCAUCGAGACGUCACCCACCCUUCGCGUUGAAUAAAAGUCAAUCAAACUCCCCCGCAUCAAGCCGCGAGUACUGUUUGUGCAAUAAAUAUUCCGCUCACUCACACAUACAAACAUACACACACACCAAACUACAAUCGCACAAUCCGCGAUUUAAAACAGACACGGAGCUUGAACGAGAGCCAAUCAGUGGUGGAAAAGCGUGCACGCGACUUGACCGAGGGGUGGAAUUUUCUUUCGGGGGGUGCGUCGCGAUUGAGUUUGAUAUACUCCAGCCCUGCACUUCUCGUUUCGUAUCGUCCGUCGCAUGCGCAUGCGGAAGAUCGAAGAAGCGCCAGCCGCCAGAAAUUCGCAUCCCCCUACAGCCCUGAUUGAGAUGAAUGAUGAUGAUGAUGAUGAUGAGGCAAAGAAUCUUCAAACACAGAACAGAAACAGAGAUCCGCUUUGGAAGCGUGACACAGGGCGAGACACCCGCGAGAAAUCAAGUAUGUGUGCUUUUACCCAUUUUUAAUACUUUCUUUAAACCUACGAUAGUCACAGUUUUUUUCAAGCAAUCACACAUCCCAACUCGCUCUUACUACAUUAGGCUAUUAUAGGCUAGGCGCACUAAUCAAAUGUAUGUUUGGCUCCUCGGUGACUCGAGAGUGUAAUGUGUAUUUUUCGACUUGAGAGAUUUUUCUAGCUUCCUUUUGGAUUAUAGCAAUCGCGGCGCGCAUACACUUUCGACAACAUGGGUUGCUGCGCGCACGUUUUUCGUGUAUUUGUGCACAUUUGCUUUCAUCCAUCAGAGUAGGCGAUUAAUUAGCGACUCACGCGCGACUACUCUUGUUUUCUCUCUAUUUCCAAAGUCUAUUUACACGAGAUGCGCAGCUGGAAAAGUGAUGAUGAUAAUGUGCGAUGAGAUCAGUACCAGAGACUGCUGAAGCUGGCAAUUCUCUAUUGCUCGUUGGCUUGGAAUAAAUGUGUAGCGAGAAAAAAGAAGCAUACGUGUAAAUUGAGCACACUUGGCCAUCUUCAACACGUCGUUUCGAGAUCGAUGCGGGAAACGAACAACCCUUGAGAGACUUUGUUCGAACACUUUUUAAGAGGCUUCCCGAAGUAUUGUGGAAGGAGGCUAUAAUAUAGACAGUUAACGUAACACUCUUCUUCGUUCCUGUGUGUGGCGAGGAAACGAAAAGUGUGAGCUUUACAACCAGAACAAAUGGCUUACAUUAGCUCUAACACGUUGAUGACGAAAACGACGAUCAAUAAGUAACUGUAACGUGGUCGACAUGAAAACCACUGUUAGUCAACAAAGCUGAAAACUGAAAGAAACACGAAAAUCUAGUCAAAAGAAAAAGAAAAAAACUUUUACAACAAAACAUAGUAGGCAGAAUAGGUUCUUUUACGCGUUAGUCUUAAAUGUCCCCUUAUAAAGUAAAUAUGUAACCGAGCUGAAGCUACCACAGUGUGGACAUAUAUAUUUAUUGAUGAGCAACGUGUAUCGAAAAGUGGGAUGUAAAUUAAAGUGGUACUACUGCAAUAUUUGUCAACGGAAACGGAACUUUAUUUCAUCACACUUAAUCGUGCAAAAAGCCGGACCGUGUAAGCAAGCCAGGCAGCAACACGCAUGAUACACACAAGAAGAAAAUAGUAAGAUUAAAUUAAUAUUUUAGGGAAAUUUUAUUUAUUUUUACAACUUAUUUAUUGACGAAGACGGAAGGUGGCUUUGAGACUAAACAUUAAACAAGCAAAACUCUUCAAGCUAACAAAACACGCAAGACGGAAAGCAAAUAAUGAAGAAACCAACCUAAACAUACAAAAGGAUCUCAUUUUAGAGUGUAAAACAAGUGCAAACAAGUUGGGUUAUUUAAAACGCGGUAAAUGGAAGCCAUUAAUUUAGUAAAAUUGAGCGAGUGAGCCCAUACAUACAGAUUAUCGAGACAAAACUAAUCUUAGAGAAAGAACGCGCAAAAUGAAAGAGACUCAAAACGAACGACGAAGGAAACGUACUUAGAAAAAGAAGAAACUGCUGUGGCACAGUACAGAGAACAAUUAAUAAACCAUUUCAUUUUCGGUUUUACGAGCUAGUGGAAAGAUAAAGUAGAAUCACUGCGUUGUUUAAGUUCUUGGGGAAAUCUCUAGCAAAACAUUCAUUAUAAUUACUAUUGGCACUUGUUGCCACCGACGCACAUAUUUUCAAACAAAAACGUCGGCUAAGUUUCAACAUUUUCUUCUUCAAAACAAAACGAUAGACUUUUAUACACACGAGACAGAACAUUCAGAGCCCACCAUCGAACGUUAAUUCGGUUUUGUGUGGUCUUUGUUCGAGACGUUGAAUAGACAAAUUGGUACUAAAGUUGUUGUGAUGCAGUUUUCUUGGCUAGAACCGAGAGCAAGAAGUUGCAUCGAUUGGUAGCAUAACCAAGAAACUUUUUUUGUUUCAGCCAUACAAAGCGAACAUUAACCAGAAAAAGAACAAAACAUUAGUCGAAAAGUAUUAAAAGCCUGAUAUGAAGGUAUAUUAACCGUAUUGAUACAAGAAUAAUAAAUGGAUAACAACUAUUGGAAUGAGCAACAAAACAAGCAUAAUAAUGUCGCACAGUAAUUUUUAAGAUGAUUGUAAGACAAGUUAUUGAUAUACACAAAUCCAACUCCUGUAUCAAACAUCCCCAGAAAAAAAAUCAACAAACAUUGUUGCAUAAAAACAGAAAUACUCCCCGUACGAUUUCUCACCAGGAUUAUAUUGAUAUUAUAUAGAGAAAAAGUGAGACAUGAAGAGACACUAGACAUAGAGGCAAAGUUUUAACAUGACAAACUUUCAUUAGUUGUUUAUACAUUUAAUAUGGGUUUUCUACUUUAUUUUCAACCCCUAGAUUCGAUUUUGUCCUUGGUUUAAACAAAUUCCACUUCGUUCUCUUCCCUUGGGCGGUGGUUCCAUAAAUCUUCGCGCAUUUAAAGCAACAAAAACAAAUCUCAUUUGUGAUUUCUAGUCCAAGCUAGCGCUCCGGCAGCUAUCUUUCCCAUGGAAUCAAUUCUGCUACGAGGGAAGAGGCGAAGAAAAUGCAACACCCGAAUCUAUUCCAUACAACUGUGAUACAAGCAAAACAAGAAAAAUCUACUUUUAAGAAAAUCAAACAACAAAUACACGCAGAAAAUUGCAAGCAAGAAUGUGUUGACUUGACACUGGCCCAGCCGAGUGCACAUUUUAUCGACACCGAUCGCCAUGGUGACCGAGCUCGGCUGAUUGGCACUUGGUGCGCAGUGUCGCCGUGUGUUCAGUAUUUUUAGUUCUCGCUGAAAUUUCCAUUCCCCCCCUAAUCUUCGCUCUUCGCCGAGACGAUCCCUCCGAGGGAUGUGGUGCAAUGUGCUCCCGCGUGUGCAUAGUUGGCAAAGGCCACCAUCCCGAUGAUCGCAUCAGGAGGCAGCUCGCAUGUGACAUUUGACCGCGGCGCUUCUGUCAGUGCGAUACGCGCGCAUUCUUGCUGACAACGUUUUCAGUUCUUAUACAGUUCUGUUUUCUUCUUUUAUUCUGUCGAAUUAUACGUUUUAGUUCCGUUUGUUUUGGUUUCUUUCGUUUGCUCUGUUUUCUUCAUUUUUGGUUGAAUUACUGUAAGAAAAAUAAACAUUGCCAAACAGGUUCCGAUACACUACAACCAUUUGUUCCAAUUGGAUAACAAAAAGAAUAAAAAGAAUAGUAUCAUUAUUUGCUUUUAAUUCAGUAUUCAAAAGAAAAACAUAAUAAGAAAUCUGUUUACUUUCCAAACAUCUGAUUUAUGGUUUGCUUUGUUCUUAUACAUUUUGAGUUUUUUUUUGCGAAGAUCACUCACACACCCGCACACCCAUACAAACAUGAAUAUCAAAAAAGAACAUGUGCGAUUUUUAUUUCGAUUCACUCGUUCGUUGACAGGUGUAGUUUCUUUUUCUUUUUAUUAUAAUUUCGAUUCAAUGAUGACACAGACUCGCACGCAACAGAAUUUACGAAAAUAAACAUCCAAAAUGUCAUAGUCUAGCGUAGCUAGAGCGUCGCGCGUCGUUUCUGUGGAAUUUUAGUUCUGCUUAAGUGGACUUUGUGUUAUUAUUUUUUCGGUUUAAUUAAUUGUUGUUUUCGUCUUCUUCAGUUUUCUAGCCCAUAUUAUUAGUUUUAACAGUUUUUAUUUUUUUUUUUCUUGCUUUUGGGCAGGGUUUUACUUAUAAGUUGUAAGUUCAUUUGGGUUUACCGCAUGAUUUAGUAUUUUUUGUAGCAAAUAAUUCAUUCGUUUUUACGUCUUAUUAUUUCUUUUAAUUUCUCUUUUCUUUUUCGUGUGUUUUUCUUUUUCUUUAUUUUUAGGAUUUAUGUUAGAAAGAAUUGAGAGUGAUGUGUGCAAUAGGAUGUGACUAUGUUUUAUUACUUCCCUUCUUCUCACCUUAUCUUAUCCACUCUUAUUCUUGCUUUUGCUUAGAUUUUAAUCAUAGAAGAAGAAAGCUAAACCCUAGAUUAUCUAUAUAGCGAGUACGGAUAGAGGAAACACUAUUUAUUUAAACAGAUUUUCAUACUUAUUUAAAGUUACUAUUUUAAGCAUAGUUUGAUCAUAAUUUAAUGCGUAUUCAUCAAUGAUUGUAAUAAAAUCAAGAAGCUUUUUAGUUUCAAACUUCUGGCAGCGCAGCAUACUCUGUUUGUUUGAGUAUUCAUUUUACAGUGAAGCGUGAAAACACUUUUGUUCAGUUCCUUAACAAUUCAAACGAAUGAAAAGAAAUAUUACGACCAAGUUUAACGGCAAGAGGAGACAAUCCAACAUCCUGACAGAACAUGUAGAACCAAAAAGUACAAAUCAAACAAUUGAUUAAAACAUUUGAAUAUCAUAUUGUUGGAUUGUCACUACCGUAGAAGUGAUUUGAAAAUGUGUGGAAAACACUCCAGCAUAACCUAUAUCACCAAAACCACCACCACUUUCUAAACAUAGCAAAGUAGAGUGACUUUAGUUGUACUCAGAAUUCAGUUUCUCUCACACACCAUAAGAUGUUUGUUUGAUUGUAUUUUUGUUUUACCAUGGAGGCAAUGUUUCAAACAUUAGUGCAACACUUUUACUAUAUAUAAAAAAUGAAAACCACCUUAAAGAGGAAAUCGAAACGACUCUCAAAACAAAACUUUUCGAAUAAUAUAGUUAAACUGCAUAGCUGGCAGCCCGAUAGCAGCAUCAGUAAGAGCAGUGACAGCAGCAAAAGGAAUCGCAUUAUGAUGCUUGUGUUGGUAUUUUCCUCUUAUCUCGUUUGCGUUAGUUUCAUUAUAAAUUUCAAGUAAAAAAUGAGGGAAAACCAAAUUUCACGAAAUAGUAUGGCAAACAGCAACGGCUUACUGAUAAAACGUCAACUGAAAUUACGACUUUGAUUUAUCAUUAUUUAUAUAUUCGAAUUAAUCAAUGUAUAAUUUUAUUUUCCCGAAUAUGUUCUUGUGUACAUACAAAAAAUAUAACAGAAAAUCAAUUAUUACAAUAGUAAAAGAAAAACAAAAAUAUGAAAUACAAUAAAAAAUUAUAAUUUGA